CAUACGUCAUAUAAAAAAAAAGAAAAAGUGAGUGAUGGAUUCUAUGGACAUGGACGUUUUGUAAAUGAAAAUAUUAUUUUUAUUUAAUUUAUCGUAUCAACUGAUUAAUAUGAUUUCAAUAUUUAAUAACAACCGUGUAAAGUUUCUUCCUCUAAUGUUGCUGAACUGAAGUCUAACAAUGGAACAGUCGCUUUCCGAGGAAGUUGAAUCUUAUCUCAUUGAUUAGAUUAUUGUCAAAAUUGUUUCUAUUCUGUAUUCAAUAAUUGCACCAGUAAUGGUUUAAAAAUACGUUUGUGCGAAAUGUCUCUCUCUAAUUGUAGUGCAGAGGAAGAAACAUUUCCUCUACACGAGUGUGUAUUUAUCGGGGACGUACGUAAGCUGUCCUCCUUACUAAGAAACAACGACGUGACACGUAAAGACAAGCAUGGAAACACAGCUUUGCACCUGGCUGUCAUGCUGGGCCGAAAGGAAUGUGUACAGCUCCUUCUAGCUCAUAGUGCCCCAGUUAAAGUGAAGAAUCUUGCUGGUUGGUCACCACUUGCUGAAGCUAUCAGUUAUGGCGACCGACAGACAAUAUCAUCUCUGGUGCGCAAACUAAAACAGCAAGCACGCGAGCAGAUGGAGCUCAGACGCCCUGAUCUCAUUAGAGCACUUGCUCAAAUUCAAGACUUUUACAUGGAACUCAAGUGGGAUUUUCAUUCAUGGGUACCCCUAGUCUCUAGAAUAUUGCCAUCAGAUGUGUGCAAAAUUUACAAAUCAGGCUCUAGUAUCAGAUUAGACACUACAUUGGUUGAUUUUACAGACAUGAAAUGGGAAAGAGGAGAUAUAUCAUUUAUUUUUCAAGGAGAGAAAUUACCUAGUGAAUCAUUAACUGUAAUGGAUAAUAAAGCAAAUGUGUACCAACGUGUUCGUUAUGAGGAAACUGAGAGUGAAAUUGAGGAUGAAGUUGACAUUUUGAUGUCUAGUGAUAUUUUGGCUGCUCAAAUGUCUACUAAAGGCAUUGCCUUUUCUAGAGCACAGACUGGAUGGAUAUUUCGUGAAGAUCGCAAAGAAGUAGUGGCUGGUAUAUACAAAAGUGACAUCUACACAAUAACUGGCUUGGUUUUGGAGUCACGUAAAAGGAGAGAACAUUUAUCAACUGAUGAUCUUCAGAAAAAUAAAGCAAUUAUUGAAAGUCUUACAAAAGGAAACACCCAGAACUUGGAAACAAAUGGAGAGCCAGCACGCCGUGCCUCAUUGAACCCUCCUCCAGAAAGCAAUGUAGACUGGAAUGCUUACAUAUCAUCCCCACCGGGGCAGUAUCCAAGCCUUGGCAGAGAACUUGUAUAUAAAGAAUCAUCAAGAAAUUUCCGAGCCACUAUAGCAAUGAGCGAUGACUUUCCACUUAGUGUUGACAUGUUGCUAAAUGUCUUAGAAGUUAUUGCUCCUUUUAAGCAUUUUGCUAAAUUACGUCAAUUUGUAGCCAUGAAAUUGCCAAAAGGAUUUCCAGUUAAAAUUGAUAUUCCUAUUUUGCCCACAGUUACAGCCAAAAUUACGUUUCAGAGAUUUGAUUUCCGUGAUGAUGUAGACCCAAACUUAUUUAUUAUACCUGAAGACUAUGUAGAAGAUCCGUUACGUUUUCCUGACUUAUGACGCUUUGAUAUUCUAACACUGUUUGAAGUAAGUGAGAGGCCGAUAUGCCGUCGAGACACUAGAAGGGGACGUACGCGCCGACUCUUACGCCCACGCACGCGCUGUAGGCCUCUUCCGUCUGGCCUACUCACCAUCGAGUUCCCCAUGCUGUUUGGUUUUGGUAGUUCCUACUCCAGCCACUGUGUCCUGUUUGUGGAAUAGUAAAUUUUUUUAGAUAAAUUGACUAUUGUUUAAAUUAAUUUAUGUAGUUGCUCUGUGAAACAGUGUUAGAAUAUUUAGCAUGAUUAAGUUAAAACAUAAUUUGUCUAUCAACAAUUUGUUUGUCUGGAUAAUAAAAUUUGUUUUGUUCAUUUUCUGUGAUUCCUAUCGAUACUUUAAAACAAAGCAAGUGUUAUAGGUAUUUUUUUUACUUUGGACUGUUGUCAAUUUGGUUUUGUCACCUAUGUCCCAUAUCAAUAUCACUUCAUGUGUUUGUAGAUAGUAGAGUAGACAAUCCAUUGCUCACCUUCAACAUGUUGUAGCCCACAAUGGAAUUAAUGUAUUCAUUCAUUUUUGUAUGUAUUGUUUUAUUUAUUUUUAUGUAAGUGCGAGUUAUUUUGAUAAAUGUGCAAUGUAUGAGUCAUUUUUAUGUAAAGAGCGAGGAAUCAGGCUAUAAUAAAGCACACCAUACACCAAAAAUCAGGCCUGAUGAAUUGACGCAUUUUGAGUCUUGUUCUUGUAUAAAUAAAGGCCUAGCUACAAUAAAUAAAAUUUCAUGUGCAGAGUCCUAAAUGUUCUCAAAAUUGUUACACCUAGUAUGAUAGCUGUAGGAUUCAAAAUUGAUUUAGCCUGAAGAUUUAAGACCUUGUGCCUUCAGCAUUUCUCAUUUGUAAUUGUAUGUAAACUUGGAUGUGCAUUAGGAUUUCACGGUCAUACAAGAGGUUCAUGUCAUAAAAAAUUAUUAAAUAUAGUAUAGCAUAAAAUUGAAUGUACUUACUAUAGUAAAAUUAGAAAACAUUCUAAUUAUUAUUCUAGCACUUUUAGGGUAGGCAGCUUGUGUAGGGUUCCAACACAGAUUAUUACGAUAGUUUCUAUUGUAAACUUGUACCAGAAAUAAGUACAUUCGACAAUAAAUAUCUAAAUCCCACCUAUCAGAUUUUGUUAUGUAUACAUUUUGUUUUCUUGCCAGUAAGUCUCACUUUGCGUUUUGUAAUUAUUUCAAAAGAGUAAGAGUUUAAAUUUUACUAAAAUAAAUUUUAAAAUGUUUUA